AUGCAUGCAGAACCAGUAACCGAAGAAACCAUGGAAGAUAAGGCCAGCACCGUACAGGAGCCAGAGCCGGGGCCCAGGAAAACAAGCGGUACUAUGGAAGAAGCAUUGACGCAAGACGCGGUAUCAUCGAAUGGAACUUCAAGGAACGAGAAUCCAGGGCAGGGGACGAAACUGGUGAAAGAGGAAACAAUGGUGCGACGAGCAACAGCAGCAAAAGAACAAAAUAUUGAACCAUCGAGCGCAUUUCUGGAUAUUUGCCAAGAGAUCGACCCCGAAAUGGACCAAAAAUUCAUAGCAAAAGCCUGGAAACAGUACGAUAUGGUGCGCAAACAAUGCGUCCUUGAGGGCAAACAGGAUGGAUGGUAUGGCUGCGCACUGUACAUGGCCCAAUGGCAAGGUGCCCCACUGGAGCGAGAAGCGCAGAAGAAAUAUCCAUUGUCCAUGCUCAUUCGGAUUUGUAAAAUCAGGUAG